AGGUUAAAACGACGCCGAGGUAGAGGGUGUUUAGCCACCGGGUCCUCGUUGUUUACGAUUCGUUUAUGAGAGUAGCCCACUGAAAUAUUGUAAACCGCCAUUAUUCAGUCGUCCGAUAUUGUAAGAAUAAAAAUGUGUUAUCGGUAACUAAUAAGGAUUCCGCGUUGCAGGAGAUCUAGUUCGGAAUUAUUAUUUUUUACGAAAAAAACGUGGCAGGUAAUAUCUAUAUCCUGCAAUUUCGAAAGGUCAGGCGAUUCACACCGGCGUCCUGCCAUCUUCUCGGCCAAUUAGAUGACUACAUUUUCCCGCCUAAUAUUCAAUAAGUCUUUCGGGUUGCUGAGAAGAAAUCUAAGAAAGAUGAGUGGAUCGGUGGAAAAUGGGGCCGGAGAUGCAGCUUCGAAGAAAAAGACAAUUGAGGGAAUUUACCAAAAAAAAUCACAACUGGAGCACAUAUUGUUGCGUCCUGAUACGUACAUUGGCUCUGUAGAACCAAUCACUGAAUCCAUGUGGGUUUUUGACAAGGAGCAAGAAAUGAUGGUUCAACGAGAAAUAUCUUACGUUCCCGGUCUCUAUAAGAUAUUUGAUGAAAUUUUAGUAAAUGCUGCCGACAACAAACAACGUGACGCUAAGAUGGACAUGAUCAAAAUUGACAUUGAUGUGGAAAAUAACACAAUAUCGGUAUGGAACAAUGGACAAGGUAUUCCAGUAGUAAUUCACAAGGAAGAAAAAAUGUAUGUACCUACGAUGAUAUUUGGUCACCUCUUGACCUCGUCUAACUAUGACGACAAAGAGGAAAAAGUUACUGGAGGUAGAAAUGGGUAUGGCGCGAAACUGUGCAACAUAUUCAGCCACCGUUUUACAGUAGAGACUGCCUCCAAAGAAUACAAAAAGUCUUUGAAACAGACGUGGGGAAAUAACAUGGGCAAAGCCAGUGAGCCCAAGAUCAAAGAUUUUUUCGGCAGUGAAGACUUUACAAAAGUCACGUUUUCCCCGGAUCUGUCAAAAUUCAAAAUGCAAGCAUUAGACAAUGAUAUAAUAUCGUUAAUGACGCGUAGAGCAUACGACGUUGCCGCAUCUUCCAGAGGUGUCAGGGUCUUUCUCAAUGGAACCAGAAUACCAGUAAAGACUUUCAAAGAUUAUGUAGACCUCUAUAUCAAAGGGAAGGAGGAUGACAUUGGCAACCCUCUGAAGAUUGUAUAUGAAAAUUGUGGCCCACGAUGGGAAGUUGCAAUAACGUUAUCCGACAAAGGAUUUCAGCAAAUGUCAUUUGUCAACAGUAUCGCGACCACAAAGGGAGGUAGACAUGUGGAUCAUGUCACAGAUGCAGUAGUCAAACAGCUCAUGGAUACCCUGAAAAAAAAGAACAAAGCUGGAAUAGCAAUCAAACCGUUUCAAAUAAAAAACCAUUUGUGGGUAUUUGUUAAUUGUCUCAUAAACAACCCAUCAUUUGAUUCACAAACUAAAGAGAAUAUGACUCUGCAGUCCAAAAGUUUUGGCUCUAAAUGCGUGCUAAGUGAAAAAUUUAUCAACCAGGUCACAAAGAUUGGCAUUGUAGAGGCAGUAUUAUCUUGGGCCAAGUUCAAGGCUGACACUCAGCUACAAAAGCUAGGACCUAAAACAAAGCAAAGAAAACUACAAGGUAUCCCGAAGUUGGAAGAUGCUAAUGAUGCUGGGACAGUAAAAUCUUUAGACUGCACCUUAAUUCUUACUGAGGGAGAUUCAGCCAAGACAAUGGCUGUGUCUGGACUAUCGAGUGUUGGAAGAGAUAAAUACGGAAUUUUCCCUCUGAGAGGUAAACUGCUGAAUGUUCGAGAAGCGACACACAAACAAAUUCUGGAAAAUGCUGAGAUCAACAACCUGAUAAAAAUUCUUGGACUUCAGUAUAAAAAGAAAUAUGAGACUAGAGAAGAUAUGAAAACUCUUCGUUAUGGAAAAUUAAUGAUUAUGACAGAUCAGGAUCAGGAUGGAUCACAUAUAAAAGGACUGUUGAUAAACUUCAUCCACCACAAUUGGCCAUCAUUACUUAGGAUUGACUUCAUCGAAGAGUUCAUAACCCCAAUCGUAAAAGCAACCAAGGGAAGCCAAGUAUUUUCAUUUUUCUCCCUACCCGAAUUUGAAGAGUGGAAAAAAGAUACGGAAAAUUUUCAUACCUACAAGAUCAAAUACUACAAAGGUUUGGGUACGUCUACUGCCAAAGAGGCAAAAGAGUACUUUGAUAACAUGGCUAGGCAUAGAAUUCGCUUCAGAUACGAGGGUGAGCAGGACGACCAAAACAUAAUAAUGGCGUUCAGUAAAAAAUGCAUUGAGCAGCGAAAAGAUUGGCUAACUAAUCAUAUGGAAGAGACUAAAAGGCGCAAAGAAAUUGGUCUUGGUGAAAAAUAUUUGUACGAAAAAAACACUCGUACAAUUACAUUCUCCGAUUUUAUAAACGUCGAGUUAGUGCUAUUCAGUAACUACGACAAUGUGCGAUCAAUUCCGAGCUCAAUAGACGGUUUUAAACCUGGUCAGAGAAAGGUCAUUUACACAUGUUUGAAACGUAAUGAUAAACGUGAAGUUAAGGUAGCGCAACUGGCUGGUUCAGUUGCCGAGCAAUCUGCAUACCAUCACGGUGAAGCUUCCCUCAUGGCUACUAUUAUUAAUUUGGCCCAAAAUUUCGUCGGUAGCAACAACAUCAACUUACUUCAACCCAUUGGACAGUUUGGUACCAGGCUCAUUGGUGGAAAAGACUCUGCUAGUCCUCGUUAUAUUUUCACAAUGCUUAGUCCAUUAGCGAGAUUGAUUUUUCACAAAAACGAUGAUCCGCUUCUGACUUACGAGUACGAUGAUAAUGUCAAAAUUGAGCCUGUAUACUAUAUGCCUAUCAUACCAAUGGUGUUGGUGAAUGGGGCAGAUGGCAUCGGCACAGGAUGGAUGACAAGAAUUCCAAACUAUAAUCCCAGAGAAAUCAUUGAUAAUCUUUACAGAAUGAUGGAUGGUGGUGAAAUCAAACCUAUGCUCCCAUUCUACAAAAAUUUUAAAGGAACGAUAGAAAGUUGCGGGGAUUAUCGUUUCGUCAUUAGUGGAGAAAUUUCUGUAAUAGGACCCGACAGAGUUGAAAUUACAGAACUUCCAAUCGGCACAUGGACACAGGCUUAUAAGGAAACCAUUUUAGAGCCAAUGUUGCAUGGUUCUGACAAAUCUCCACCUAUGAUCACGGACUACAAAGAGUACAACAGUGAUGUGGCUGUUCGAUUUAUCGUAUUUAUGAAUAGAGAUAAACUGGUCGAAUUGGAAAGAGACGGGCUUCACAAAGCUUUCAAAUUGCAAACAACUAUGUCUACCACAUCUAUGUGCGCAUUUGAUGAGAAUCUCUGCCUGCGAAAAUUUGAACAUGUCGGGAUUAUAUUCAGAGAAUUCUAUAAAAUCAGAUUAGAAUUUUAUAAUAAGCGUAAGAAAUAUAUGGAAGGUAUACUCCAAGUCGAAGCUGCAAAACUUAGCAAUCAAGCCAGAUUUAUUCUUGAGAAAUGUGACGGCGAUUUGGUUGUUGAAAACAAAAAGAAAAAGGACAUGAUUGCGGAAUUGGUUAGGCGAGGCUAUGACUCCGAUCCGGUAGUAGCGUGGAAGUUGAGACAAAAUAGAGAACAAGCUCUGGAGGAAAUGGCUCAGAAUGCGGCCACAGAGGAAAGUGAGGAAAGCCAACCUGCCGAAAAAGAGAAUUUUGACUAUCUAUUAGGAAUGACUAUGUGGAAUUUAACGAAGGAAAAAAAGGAAGAUCUUCUUCGUCAAAGGGAUGAUAAAUUGGCUGAAUUCAAAAGAUUACAAUCGCGCACGCCAGUUUCUCUCUGGAAGGAAGAUCUCGACAAUUUGUUAGCUGAACUCAACAAGGUUGAAGAGAAGGAGAGAAAGGAGGAAGAGAAGUCAAAGCAAGGUGUGAAGAAACCUCCCCAGAAAAUAUAUAAGUCUGAAGAUGCUCGUAGAAUUCAACCAAUUAUAGACGAAGAGUUGAAGAAGAAGAUCGAAAAAGCUACUACUGCAGCCAAGGACAAAAAAGAUGGAAUAAAAAAGCUGAAGGUGAAGAAAGAGAUCAAGGAAGAAAAAGAUGAAUUUGAUCUGCUUGUUGAAUCUAAUGCCAAACCGCUAGACGAUAGAGUCGGUAACUCCCCUGAUAAGGUGGAGAAGAAAGUGAUGGCUAAAAAAGGUGGCAAACAAACUACAUUAAAUUUCAAGCCAGUUAAGAAAGAGAAAGUGGACAAGUCUGAUAAGAAAAGGGACAAGAAAAACCUAAACGAUUCAGAUUCUGAUGGUGACGUUGAAGAUAUAGAUUUUGACAGCAUAUCCCCACCUCCGAGGGUACGUGAACCUCGCCGAACAACCAAAGCUAAAAUCAAUUAUUCACUGGACAGCGAUGACUCAGAUGCUGAUAAACCAUUCAUCGAUUUGAGUGACAAUUCUGAACCAGAAACAAAACCGUUUGGGAAACCUGUGAAGCUUGAAAGUGACUCAGAUGAUGACACAAGAACAUUAAAUCCCAAAAAACCACAACCACAAGUCAAUUUGGACGACGUAUUCAAUUCUCUCAUUGCCGAUAGCCCAACAAAGCCAACAACAGCCAAGAUCACAUCAUCAGGCGAUGAUUCUCCCAUUAAGGCCACUCCACCUAAGAAAGCUCCGCCUAAGAAAAAGACUGAAAACGGUGGUGGUGGUCGCGGAACUAAAAGGGCCAAGAAAGUUAAGUCUUCUUCGGAAUCGGAAUCCGACGAAAUAUUCGCAAUUAAGGGUAAAAAGCAAAGGAGAAACGAAGCUGACACGGUGACAGCACAACCAAAGUCAGCCCGGAAUCGGAAGGCUAUCUCGUACGCAAUCACGUCGGAGGAGGAAUCCGAUUGAAAGCAAUGAAAAUGAAACUACAUAUAGCAAAUGAGUGUUUGUGGAUUUCAAGUGUAUAUCGUAUGAUCGUGUUGUUGAACUUGAUCGAAAAUGAUUUUCUACCCGUUCAGGUCGUUUUAGCAUUCCAGUCAAGAUUUUAUCACUUUGUGGUGGCGAUGAUUUUGAGAUGUUGGAGUACAUUUUACCGCAAGGUACCUUAGGUUGUAACCAAUCAUUAAUAUAAUUUUAAAUGAAUAGUAUUGUGAAUAUUUAUAGUAACUACUCGUAGGUAGUGUUAUUAAUAUGGAUAAUUCGCGUCGAAUCUUCUAAUUUUAAACUGCUGCAAGUGUGGUUUGAUUAUUAUAAAAUGUGACGGUCUAGUGUAAUUGUACGAGUUUAUAAGAAUUAGUAUACAAGGAUAACGUACUCGCGUAAGACCGAGACUCGUCAUUUUAGAGGAUUAUUAUUACUAACGGUUUGUUUUUUUUUUCAACAAAUAAAAAAAAAAAAUUAUUUAACUCUCUGUAUCUGAAAAUUUCGUUUCAAUAUACAUUCUAUAUUUUACAAAGUAUUUUCUGACUCGUACUAUUUCACGGAAUCACAACGGGGCAAAGUUCUUUCGAUUACAUUUGGAUUUGAAGAAAAGGUAAUUACUUUUAUACAUCUUGGCCGAAAAAUUGAGUUUAUACUGAAAAGUUAAAAUCACACUUCUUACAAAGUAUAUGUGCCUUUCCAAGUACAGAUACUAAUUUUUCUAAUUACAUCCAGUUUAGAUCAGUGCUGAGUACGAAUUAUAUUAUUAUCUGAGAUAAAAUGAAGCUUCAAGACGAUCAAGUUCGUCAUUGCAUAGAAUUUAAUCAACUGACCAAGUACUCUAAAUAAAAACAAAGAUUUUUUCCUACAAAAACUCGGCAGAUUUAUAAUUUCUUCAAUUUUUUUACACGUUGAAAUAAUAUGAUUCAUAGGAUCUUGAUGUAAAUGAAAUAUUUUGUAAAGCAUCAAAAUUAGUGGUUGAGACAACGACUGAUACUAACGUUUGAUUGAUUUAGACUCUAAUUUAGACCAACUGUGAGAAUAAUUCGUGUUACAAACAAUCUGCGUAACUGAUAAUUUUAACAUCUACUCUUAGUACAAUUUCCCACAUCUCAUAGCUACCAACAUGUAGAUAUACGUACAAAAUGAAAGAUAGACAUUACACUAGAGGACAAUGUUUUAGAUAUCAAUAAAAGAAAAAAAAUGAAUAAAAACGAAGAUAGCCAUAUUCUCCAAUUCUAAUUAGUCGUGUUCUAUAUGUAAAAUCUUGAGGGAAUAUUUGUGUAUUUUCAUGUAUUUUACAUACUUUCUAUAUAAGAUACGUUACAAAACUUUUUAAUACAUUCGUCACGAAUCAUCAAGUUUCGAUUGAAACUAAUCAUUCAAAUUUGCUCAUCAUUCCUGUAUCAAACUACUAAAACUCACCGGAAAUGUUUUAGCGGAGAAAAAUUAUCAAUCGCAAAAUCAAACAGUUUAUCACUGAUAAUCACGUGAUCUGCGUUCUUAUUUUGCAAUUUUUACAUCGUUGCAAACGCACUGAAACAAUAAUUUAUGGAACAAACUGUUUCAACUGCAAUCCUGGAAUCCAAAUUUGCUCUUAUCAAUGGAUAAAUUUGCAGACAUCACGCAAAACCUUUGGUUUUCUCAACUUUUCUACUUCAUGAUUAGCUAAUUAUUACGAUAGAAAUUAUUUUAUAACAAUUUUGAAUAUUCAAAUUCAUGUAUGUACAUAUCUGCAUUUUAAAAUCCGUCACCUCCGGAUUUGAUGGAAAACAAAAAGAACUAUUAAAAAAAAUUUUUUUUUAUCUACAUGCUGUGCUCCAAGGUAAAAAUAAGAUAGUUCGAAUGCAAGCGUACAUAUUAUCGGCGUAAUUCCGUCAGUAGGAAAUCGUACAAACGUUUGGUCAAGUGACAAAACAACUAAUAAGAGUAUGAGAAAACUAAAAACAAAAAGAAAACGGAAAAUUACAACUGUAAAUGGCCGACAAAUAUAUUUGUCUAAGGCUCAAGCAUACUUCUGGCAAUAUGUACACAUGGAAUAAUUUUAAUUGACUAGUAGCACGUUACUUUUGGAACCACACUCAUAAAAACAAUAAUAAUAUAAUGAAAUAUCAUGAGAUUUAUAAUGAGUAAAUAAAAGAGGAAUAAGAAAAAAAAAGAAAGUAAUGGGACUUUAGCAAAUCAGACUUACUUUUCACAGUUUGACUAAUUUAAAAAUUAUACACAAAACUUAAUUUUAUUGCUAUUACAUUAUUAUAGUAGUAUUAUAUACACCUACGCCAUUUUACACAGUCUGCGUAAAGAUCCUUCGACAUACAUAUAUAUAUAUACAUUUAUAUAUUUGUAUAUAUAACAAGGGAAAAAGAAGAGGGUAUCAGACGCGUUAUGAAAAUUCGAUUUUAUUUUUUACUAGCUUGUCGUAUUUUUGUGUCCCGAAUCAAGGGCCGUCCAUUCAUAUGGAUUGAUUGUAACAGUGUUUUCAAAUUUCUGUAAAAACAAACUAAAAAAAAGAAUAAAUAAAUAGCUCAACUUAAUGCGAGUAAACUUUUCCCCCAUGUGUUCACCUAGUUAAGGACAAGAAUUUUGUUUCUGCUGAAAAAUCAUUCAGCUUGCAAAAAUUCUACGUCGCUUUCCAUUAUUAGU